AUGGAAUCCAGCACCCAUAACGAGAAGUUUCAGAACGAUACCGCGUCCAAUUCGGAUGCGGCGGGAGGUGCUGUGGAAACCGUUGAGAAUGCCCCGUUCUACAUCGAUCCGAAACAAGAGGCAAAGCUUCGUCGCAAGAUCGAUUUCAUGAUUGUCCCGACAGUUUGUUUGCUCUAUCUUUUCUGCUUUAUCGAUCGCGCAAAUAUCGGAAAUGCUCGUCUCGCCGGUCUGGAGGAAGACCUCGGAAUGAAGGGAAGCGACUACAAUCUCGUUCUAUCCACCUUCUACAUCAGUUACAUCAUCUUUGAGAUCCCAGCCAAUCUUCUCUGCAAAUACAUGGGACCAGGAUGGUUCAUCCCCUUGACGUCUUUGGGCUUUGGACUGGUGUCCAUCUUUACAGCGUUUGUGCACAACGUCCCUCAGAUCUGCGGUGUUCGAUUCGUCUUGGGUAUCUUUGAAGCUGGUAUGCUGCCGGGUAUCGCGUACUACAUGUCCAGAUGGUAUCGCCGUUCUGAGCUUACGUUCCGUUUGUCGCUUUAUAUCGUGAUGGCGCCUUUGGCUGGUGCUUUCGGUGGUCUUCUUGCUUCUGCAAUUCUAAAGCUUCCAAACUUUGGCAGAUUUAAGAGUUGGGAGAUGAUCUUUGCCAUUGAAGGAAUCGUCACUGUCGUCCUGUCUCUUAUCGCCUUUGCUACACUUACCGACCGUCCCGACACAGCUAGAUGGCUCACAGAGGAGGAAAGAGCGAUGGCCAUCAACCGCAUCAAGGCCGAACGUCUCGGAACAACCGAAGUCUUGGAUAAGAUGGACAAGGCAAAGAUCUUUGCUGGAAUCCGCAGUCCCCUCACUCUGUCCACAUCCAUCAUCUUUCUCCUUGACAACAUCACCGUUCAGGGCCUUGCAUUCUUCUUGCCGACUAUUGUUCGAACGAUCUAUCCCGACCGAUCGACCAUCUCCCAACAACUCUUCACUGUUCCACCAUACGUCGUUGGUGCUUUCUUUACAGUGCUCAUCCCAGCUCUCAGCUACAAGAUGGAUCGUCGGCAGAUAUUCAUCAUUCUCUGUGCACCGCUUGUGAUGGUCGGAUAUGCCAUUUUCUUGGGCACCAACAAUGGCCAGGCACGCUAUGGUGCUACGUUCCUUGUUGCUAGUUCAGCCUUUGCUCUGGCGCCUCUAACCAACUCGCAUAUCAGCGCCAAUGUCUUGAGUGACACUGCAAGAAGUGCUGCGAUUGGCACCAAUGUCAUGUUUGGCAAUAUCGGUGGCCUCAUUGCUACCUGGUCGUUCGUCAAGAGUGAUGGCCCUGACUAUCCCAUCGGAAACGGACUGAACCUUGCCACCUCCAGCACAAUCUUGGUGCUCGGAACAUUAACCCUUCUAUGGAUCAAGCGAGAUAAUCAGAAGCGGGCGAACCGGUCUGCAGAGGAGGAGCUGGCUGGAAUGAGUCAGCAACAGAUUCAAGAUCUUGAUUGGAAGAAUCCCAACUUCAGAUGGAUUACAUAA